CAACAACAUCCACCCCGCAUCAAGUGUGGUUCUGCAGCGUUGGGGAUGUGCAGCCGAGUGCAUCCAUGUCGACCGUUCGGCAUCCAUGAUCAGCCAUUGGCCAGGCUGUGUCCUAUUCUAUCUACUUCUCCUCGUCUUUCUGAGGGAGGGGCUCCUUCGCCUUAGUAUUAGUACCAGACCACCGCCAGAAUCCACCCCGAUCCUCUUCCAAGUCCACUGCCGAACAAUCCGCCAGCAUGUUCUCAACCUUUGUCGCCCAUUCCCCCGAGCACGGCUCCACCACCUCCACAGUGAGCUCCACCUCGAUCCCUGCCCGCUCCAAACGUCAUCAAGUCGCCCGAGCCUGUGACUGGUGUCGGGUGCACCGCAUCAAGUGUGAUAGCAGCCUACCCUGUCAGAACUGUCGGAAUCGAGGUGGGCCGUGUAAGAAGAAGAGCGCUGCCGAGAUCCGCACGUUACCUCAUGCCGUACGAGAGAUCGAACGAUUGCGCGAACGCGUACGCGAGCUGGAAGAACAAGUCGAUAACCGUGCCCAGUCCGUCGCCAACGAAGACACCUACACAAGUCAGAGCCGCAGUCGACCGUCAGGGACAAAGAAAGGAUGGGACGGCAUCCACACUCGCACCGCACACUCGUCACAGACCCAGUGGUACGGGCCCUCGUCGGCCUUCUACUUCAUCGGUCGCAUGAGCGCCUAUCUCAGCGCCGUCCUCGACCAGCCCGAGGACGACGAUAACAUGCAACCCAAUUCCGCCUGUCGCGUCUUCACCAGUCCAACCUCGGCCAAAUCCAUUCCGGAGGAGCUGCCGGCGCCGUCGGCCAUCGCAGAGGGGCCCGUGGGGUCGGAGACCUAUCUCAAUGCCAUCGAAGAGGAUUACUUCCUGAACCUGUUCUGGCAAUCCUACCACCCGACUUACCAGAUUCUCGACGAAGCCGACUUUCGCGAGCACUACAAAUCGCUCUGGGCCGAUUCGGCCACGACGCGGCGACCCUCGGCGCUAGUCGACAUUAUGCUCGCCCUCUGCAUGCAAUACGGCGUCGCCUUGACUCCGGACCGCAAAGUGGACCCCCUGGACGGCCAGGUUGAUAUCAACGACGCCAGUAUCGCCGGUCGCUGGUACUACCGCCGAUCGCAGACACUCUUGAUUUCCGAACUGGAAAGUCCAUCUAUCGCCACACUGCAAUGUCACAUCUUCUCCGUUGUCUAUCUGUGCAACGCCUCCUUUCAGAAUAUGGCGCAUACAACGCUGGCGCUCGCAGUGCGCACCGCUCAGAUUCUGGGUCUCCAUCUCGAGCCCCGAGAGAGCCUACCACGUCCCCGACGGGAGUUGCGCAAACGCAUCUGGUGGACGCUGUACGCGGUCGAAAGCAAGACAUGCAUGAAACUCGGCCGACCGUGCUCCAUGCCGGACAUGAUUGCGACGUGCAGCCUCCCGGCCGACGAUCACGAGCUAGCUCGACUGUCGGUGUCCAACAUCGCGGCCUACGGGGACCGAGUGACGUGGCUGACUUACAGUCGCCUGGUCACGGAGCUAGUGCUGGCCGCGCAGACCGUGUAUCGGACAUUCUAUGACGAGCGGGCGGAGAUGCUGGCAGCGAAGGAUGGGAAGAGCCUGUACACAGAUCUGUCGUCGCUAGAAGCUCUGGCCGAAUUCCUCACGCCGCAGUUAGGCUGUAUCCGAAAGUGGCUGCAGAACGUUCCCGACGCCAUGAAAACCAAACGCAAGGACGGCGAGCCCUUCUCGACCGACCGAUCGGUCCUCGAUCUCGAACGGUUUGCGCCUUCGUGGCUGCAGCGUCAACGGCUUCUCCUGGAGCUGCUCUACCACAACCUGUCGAUGAAUGUCUAUCGGCCCUUCAUCUGCUUCCCGUCCCCAUCCGGUGACAGCGGCCCCAGCACGCCCGUGGCGGACGCACACGCCGUUUCGUGCGUCGACCAUGCGAUCGCCAUCACGCAUAUCCUGCGCCAAAUCAUGCCUGCCACCGAUUUCCUCAAAGGCUGGUACGAGGCGUUCCAGUGGCAAUGGAGCGCCACGCUCUCCAUGGUCGGUUUUAUCCUCGCCUACCCCUCACAUCCCACCACUCCGACCGCCCGCGCGGCCAUUGACAGUGCCAUCACUGUCUUCGAGGUCUUCGGCAACAACUUCGCCGUUGCCAGCAGCGCGGCUAACGUGACGCGCGGACUCGCUGCCAAGGCGGACUUCCUCGCCGGGCGAUUGUGCGUCGGAACCGCCACGCUGACGCCUCCGUUCUCCGACCAAAUGGAACCUUUUCUAGGGAUCGGCACGGAGACAGGGAGUUCGUUGCUAGCGGACGAGCCCUCGGCCAUGUUCCAGAGCACGCUAGCGGGAGCCAUGGGGCUUGCAUACAACGUGGAUUCGUUCUACAGCUUCGAGCCCCUGUAUGCCGGUUCAAGGAAUCUUGCCGACGCGUGGAACUUUUAGCCAUCAGGUCUUUUGACGCUCCUAGUGACUUACGAAUCAUGAUAGAAGAUCUAGCUAUUUAUAGAAAUCUAUAUUUCAUUUCGAA